AUGGUGGUAGAAGGAUCAUCAACAUCAUCCACGAGAAUAUCAAAAAUAGAAAAUGCUAUAACAGAUGCGCCACAGCCCCCAGGGUUUGCCAUUAUUUUUAAACAUAUAUUAUUAUUAAUUUAUGUGUUGUUUAUAGUAUUGUUUGUAUUAUCAUCAAUUACAUUGAUCUCGAGAUUAACGAGAGGUGGCAAGAAAAAACCAUCAAAGAAGCUUUCCCUCAGAACUAGAGCAGAAGUUUAUUUGACAGUUUCAGGUAUUAUACAGUGGAUUGAAGCAAUCCAAACAUUUUUAUCAAUAUUGUCAGUAAUAGUAUUUAUUUAUGGUACCUAUAUUACCCAUUCACCACCAUUAGCAUACUCAUGGAUAGAAAUUGCACUUACUAUAUUCUUUACUGUGCAUUGGAUUCUCGAUUACUUUAUCAGUAAAGAUAGAUUAAAAUAUUUAUUUUCAUUCUUUUCAAUUGUCGAUCUUGUUACUGUAUUACCAAUUUAUAUCGAUAUUUCCACUGGACAAUUCUUUAACGAACUUGGUACUUUUCAAUUCCUACGUGUGUUACGUACUGUUAGAAUUUUAAGAGCCAAUAGAGUAUUACAUUAUUUUAACGAUAUUACACAAUAUUUAUUUAGAGUUGUUAUUGCAAUUUUUACAUUUAUUAUGAUUUUUGCUGCAUUUUAUAUGAAUAUUGACGUUUCACCAAUUCAUAACCGUGCACUACAAUUUCAUGAAACUAUUUACUUUUUUGUUGUAACAUUAACAACUGAUGGUUAUGGUGAUAUCCAUCCAACCAAUGCAGUAGGUCAAAUUACAAUUACAAUUUGUGUUGUUGUCGGUGCUGUAUUAAUUCCAUACCAAGUUUCAAGAUUAUUAGAAACUUUAAAUUCAUAUUCUCCAUAUAAAAGAGAUUUAUCAAAAAGCACUGUUCAUGGUCAUGUAAUUUUAUGUGGUGAUAUUAAUUUUACAUCAUUGUUAGAAUUUUUAACUGAGUUUUAUUUAGAAAAAUACGGUCAAUUAAAAAAGAAUAUAGUAAUCUUAUCACCAAAUCCUCCAUCGGAUCAAUUAAAGCUUUUAUUGUUACAUCCAUUUUAUAAAAAUAGAAUUACCUAUUUAGAAGGUUCACCAAUGCUUGAAAAUGAUUUAAAAAGAGCUAGGUAUAUUCAUUCAUCUUCAUGUUUUAUUUUUAGACCAUUAUAUUGGGAAGAUGGAGAUUCCACUGCAGUAUUAACAGCUUUAGCAAUGAAAAACCUAAAACCACAAGGUUCAAAAAUUUUUGUACAAUUACUUCAUCACGAAAAUAGAUAUAAAAUUUCAGCACGUGUUAAAUACAUAAUGUGUAUUGAAGAUUUUAGAAAUGGUAUUUUGGUUCAAAGUACUCUUUGUCCUGGAUUUGGUACUUUAGUUUGUAAUCUUUUCACUUCGCGUCAACCUGAUUUAGGGGAUGAAGAUAAAUGGAUUGGUGAAUAUUGUAAUGGCAGUGUAAAUUCAAUUUAUAAAAUUCCUGUACCACUAGCAUUCGUUGGAGAAACAUUUUUAUAUGUUACAUCUAUUAUGUACUCUGGAGCAAAGGCAUUGGUUUUAGGUUAUAUUGAUGAGGCUGAAACAAAUAAUACAACACCUACAUCCCAACCACAACCACCAACAUCACCAAAUAAAAACGGUCAUCACCAUUAUAAUCACCAUCAUCAUGGAUUCAAACAAAAAAAGAAUAAAUUUGUAAUUCAUCCACCAUUCUCAACAGUUUUAACAAGUACAAUGAAUUUAAUUAUUAUUGCACACAGUCCAUCAGCCCCAACAUUUAAACCAAAUGUUCCAUCAAUUAUUAGAAAAGAUUUAGAUGACGAUGAAAUCCCAAAGACCUCAUACAUAAAGAAUAUUUAUAACAAACUAUUCGUACCAGACGAAAUUAGAAAUUUUCAAGAGCUUAAUGAUUCAAGUGAUGUUAUUUUUAAUGAUAAUGUUAAAACAUUCUUUACCUCAACUUUUACCAACAACACAAUUGAAAUGGAUGUAUUAUCACCACCAACAAAUGAAAAUAGCGAUAGUAGUAGUGGUAGUGGCAACUCACCAAAUCAAAUUUUAAUUGCAAAUAAUAACAAUAAUAGUUCAGAUGUUCAACCACUUUUAACAAAUCCAAUAAUUUUAUUAAAUAAUAAUAGUAUUAAUAAUAAUAAUGAAAAUUUAGAUGACAUAAAUCUAAAUGAUGAUAAAAUCUCACCAUUAGUCGCAUUAUGUAAUGAAGAAUUUGAAUCGAAUUGGAAUGAAGUUAUUGCAACAGUUAUCGAAUCGAUUGACUCAAAGAAAGCACAUAUGGAAUCAAUUGUUGAAGAUUUAGAGCCAGUUUUAGAAUCAAUUGAAAGAAACAGAAAUCUAGACGAAUACUCUGAAGAUUCAAAAGAAGAAAACAAUUGGAAAGAGCAUAUCAUCAUUUGUGGUUCAAUCAACAAAAUAGAUCUUUUUAUUAGAGGCCUUAGACAAAAAUAUAUCUCUGAUAACUUGAACCAUUUCUAUCAUUUAAAGAAUCCAAGUAGUCAAACCAAUUUAUCAAACUCCACAAAUAUUAGCGACCAUUCAGAUAACUCUGCACCAAUCAUUGUAAUUUUACACCCCGACGAGCCUGAUAUGUCUGACUGGGAUGAUAUAGACGAUGUGUUUUACUUUAAAGGCUCACCAUUAGAAAGAAAAGAUUUAGACAAUGUAAAGAUUCAUCUAGCUAGUAAAAUUAUUAUCCUAUCAGAUCCAUAUAAAGAGCAUCAUAAUUCAAAUCUUACUGAUAAGACCUCAGUACAAUUAGACUCACAAACAAUUAUGGCAUUUUUAGAAAUUAAUGAAGUUUUCCAAAACCAUCCAAACCCAUCAAGCUUUUUAACCGUUGAGUUGGUUCACGAACCAAACAUUAGAUUCAUUUCAAAGAAUAUCAAAUCAUCUAAAAUUGGUAGCAAAGCUACAAAGAAGGAAGAUGGUGAAAUUGAAAAGCCAAACUACUAUAUCACAUCAGAAUUUGCAUCUGGUAAAGUACUUACACUUACCACAUUAGAUUCUUUACUAUGUCAAGCAAACCAUCAAGAAUACCUUUUAGAUGUCGCAAAUGAAUUAGUAUUGGGUGUAAAUGGUAUCAGAAAAUAUUAUCGUAAAUUAAUUAGAAAUCAAUCAGAUAGUGACAGUGACGAUAGUGAUUAUGAUAGUGGCGAUAGUUCAGACAGUGAAGAUGAACACCUCAAUGCUGCAAACAACACCUCAUCAUCAUCCUCUAAAAAUAAUAUUUCAAAUGUAUCAUCAAGUAAUACCCUUAGUAGAUCACGUAAUGGUAGUAGCACAAAUUUAGGUUAUAAAAAUAUUAAUUCAAAAUUAAGCCAAAGCGGUUUUUGGAAUCAUGUUAAUCCACACUCAUCACCAAACCAAUGCUUGCUUAAUCAAAUUAAAGUUCCAUCACAAUAUCACGGUCAUUUAUAUAGCGAAUUGUUUGAGACUUUAAUCCACAAAAAUAUUUUACCUUUAGGUUUAUAUCGUUGUAAAGAAAUUACUGGUGCUCCAAAUCCCUAUGUUUUUACUUGUCCACCAUCAGAUACUAUUUUGCAUGAAAACGAUUUAGUUUAUAUACUUUAUAGACCAUCAGAUAAUUAUAAUCAUUAA